AUGUCUGUACCUACUGAGAUUGAAUUAGGAAUCACUGCUGAUUUGCAUGUUCACUUACGUGAAGGUGCCAUGAUGGAGUUGAUCACUCCUACAGUAAAGCAGGGUGGAUUUUCCAUUGCAUACGUCAUGCCCAACUUGGUCCCUCCAGUGACUAGUAUUGAGAGAGUGACUACCUACCACGAACUGUUGAAGAAAUUGAGUCCUACCACGACCUUCUUGAUGUCGUUCUAUUUAAGCAAGGAAUUGACACCAGAGUUGAUCGAAGAGGCAGGCUCUAAGAAGAUUAUCUAUGGUAUCAAGUGCUAUCCUGCUGGAGUCACCACCAAUUCUAAGUUUGGAGUUGAUCCCAACGACUUUUCAUCGUUCUAUCCUAUAUUUGAAGUAAUGCAAAAACAUGGUUUGGUGUUGAACAUCCAUGGAGAAAAGCCUGCUGUCAAGAAUACUACGCAAUCUGAAGAAGAUGACAUUCAUGUGUUAAAUGCGGAACCAAAGUUCUUGCCUGCUUUAAGAAAAUUACAUCAAGAUUUCCCCAAACUUAAAAUAGUGUUGGAACACUGCACUACCCUGGACGCAGUGGCAUUAAUCAGGGAACUCAACAAGGAUACGAAGCCAGAAGACGAGGUGUAUGUAGCUGGCACAAUUACUGCGCACCAUUUGUCUUUGACAAUCGACAAUUGGGCUGGUAAUCCAAUAAAUUUCUGCAAGCCAGUCGCGAAAUUGCCCAAGGACAAGCGAGCUUUGGUUGAAGCAGCAACUAGCGGAGAAAGAUGGUUUUUCUUUGGGUCUGACUCAGCUCCUCACCCAAUCGAGGCCAAGAGCACUCAUGUUGGAGUCUGCGCUGGUGUUUAUACUCAAAGUCAUGCACUUGGCUACCUUGCUGACGUAUUCGAAGAACUGAACAAGUUGGAAAACUUAGUUAAAUUUGCAAGUACAAACGGUCUCGGUUUCUAUGCGCAACCACAAAUUUUGGAACAGGCUGCGAAACUUGACAAACAAAGGGCGUGGGUAGUCAAGAGACCAGUACAGGUACCGGAAGUGAUUGCCAACCUGCAAUUGAGAGUGGUUCCAUUCAGAGCCGGAGAGACAUUGAACUGGGCUGUGGAAUGGAGAUGA